AUGGCAUGGGCGGAAAUCUCAGAGGAGCCCCAUAUGAAACAUGCACCGCUUUCAGCCGCCGCGAUCUGCAGCGGCAGCUCCCAGCUUAGGUACAUCUAUGCCGCUUGUUUUACUUUGGAGCUCUUGGCGCGUUUGUUGGCUUUUGGUCUGGGGCUUUUCCUAUCUGACGAUGGUCUUUGGAGCGUUUUGGAUGUCAUCAUCGUCUGCAGCUCAUGGUGGGACAUCGGCCUCGAUAUCGCGGAACGUGUGAUGCAAGAUGCGGAGGUCGGAGAGGUCGGGGCUCUUCCGGGGAUCUCCUCCUUGAAGGCUUUUCGUGUGCUACGGAUCACGAAGAUCGUGAAAACCCUGAGAUUGGUUCGGAUAUUCCGAUUCGUCAUGGCCUUGCGCACGCUGGUCACAUCCAUCUUUCACACGCUGAAGUCACUGUUCUGGGCGCUGCUCCUCCUGGUCAUCAUCGUCUACGUCUUUGGUGUCAUCUUUGUCCAGGCCGUGGAUGAGUACAUCAUGGAUAGCAAUCCACCGUCGCAGACCAUACUGCUCGCGAGGAGUCGCUUCUUUUCCUCAUUGCCUGAGACCAUGCUGAGUCUCUACAUGAGCAUCCUUGGCGGCGUUAGCUGGGAAGAGAUGGUGGUUCCUUUGGGAAGCAUGUCUCCCGUCUGGCUGCUCCUGUUCCUCUUUUAUAUUUCUUUUGCAUACCUAGCUGUGCUCAACGUGAUUACUGGAGUCUUCUGCCAAUCGGCAAUCGAGUCUGCGCAGAGUGAUCAUGCAGCCAUCGUCCAAGCAAUCUUAGCCAACAAGCACGCUCACUUGGAGAAGAUCCGUGAGCUCUUUGGCAAGCUCAACGAUGACGAUGGGAUCAUUACCUACAAUGCUUUCGAGGACAAGAUCCAUUCGCCAGAUGUCCGUGAGUACUUCGAAUCUCUUGGCUUAGAUGUUUGGGAUGCCUGGACUUUCUUCAAGCUCUUGGAUGAGGAUGCCGGGGGUGCCGUUGAGACGGAGGAGUUUUUGAUGGGUUGCCUUCGUCUGCGUGGGCCGGCGAGGGCGAUGGAGCUUGCCAAGAUCAUCCAAGAUCAGAGUUGGCUCAUCAAGAACCUGGACCUUCUGGGAACAUACGUGGAGUCGGAGAUGAGUGGGAUCAGGAAGGACCUCAAGGACCUUGCGCGCCUGACGGGUGUCGGCAAUGUUUCACCCAAGAGCACCUCUCCCAAAGCCGAUUUCAAGUUCUGA